AUGACCUCGGCUGCUGAGCGAGAGUGUCAGCGCCACUAUCAGCCGUGGUUGGCCGCACAUGGCUCCGCCGUGGCCGUUGCUCAGCAUGUCUCCUCCCUUGCCGAGCUGAACCUCCAGCAGCAAGGCAGGGAGCCUCUCCCCUCGCGCGACCACACCUUGAUCUCCUUCGCCCAGAACGUUACCCUGCGACUCAAUGUUCGACGCUGCUUGAUCUCCCUUAUCGACGCCGCCCACCAAUAUGUGCUUGCCGAAGCUACCAAGUCGCACUCGAGUAUACAUCCCAAUGGCGCACCCGGCGACGAGAUCUGGCUCGGCAGUGCCGUCCUCUCCCGCCCUCAUGCCGUAUGCGAGAAUAGUCUGAGCAGCCAAUGCUGGGCGCGUAGGGAGAAUGGUGACGAGGAGCAAUUCCCUGCCGAGGGCAUGAUUAUCAACGACUGCCGCGCCGACCGCCGCUUCGCGCAUCGCCCGUCUGUCAUGCAAGAGGAGAGCAUGAAGCGCCUGCGCUUCUACGCCGGCGUGCCCCUGAUAUCGCGCAAUGGCUACAAGAUUGGAGUGCUGGCGGUCACAGACGAGAAUUCGCGCGAGGGGCUCAGUGCGAAUGAGCUACGGUACAUGCAGGACAUGGCUCGUUGUGCUAUGGGCCACUUGGAGUGGGCCCGGGAUCGCGUGGACCGGCACAAAGGCGAGCGGGUCGUUCGUGGCAUGGCCACCUUCAUCGACGAGGCCUCGAUGCUGCUGGCCCAUCCCAGCAGGUCUAGCCAGUCGGCGAGGCGUCAGGCAUCGCCGCGAAGCUCUACUUGGCGGCGAGCGCCCCGCGAGGCCCGGCGAGCAGCUCGCAAAGAUCCGGAUGAUGUUUUCAAUCUCGCCGCGGAUAUCUUGCGCGAUUCCACUUUAGCAGAUGGCUGCGUCAUCUUUGGCGCAACAGCCGAUGCUAUCUCGAUCAAUGACCGACCGGACAACAGCUCCUCAUUUUCCGGCAUGGACCGAUCAUGCAAGAUGCUGUCCUUGUCCCUUACUGAUCGACAUGUCAGUACCCCGCUGGGAGGCACAGAGGGAGCUCUUCCUCUACAUUCUCUUUACGGGUACUACAGGGCGUUUCCGAACGGCAAAGCCUUCACCUUCACCGAAGACGCACAUGUGGCAUCGUCCGAGGAAGACGAGGGGGUUCAGACCGGUGACGACGGCCAUCUCGAGACCAGUAAUCAAGACUCAGCCAGCACAGAGGAUGCUGGAAAAGCCAAGAGUGGAUUCCUCCCAAAAUUUGGAACACACAUAAAGCUACGUGAAAUGAACCAUUCUGAGCUGCUGGAUAAGUUUCCCGGUGCCCGUUCCAUCGUCUUUCUGCCGCUACUAGAUCCUGCUGAUGACCGGCUCAUCGCAGGCGUUUUUCUUUGGACUUCGAUUUUGGGGAGAAUGGCUGACACCGACUUGUCGCACGUUCGAGCAUUUGCUAGCUGCAUAGUCAGCGAGGUUCUGCGCAUGGACGUCGAGCGCAACGAGGCCGCGAAGACCACAUUCAUCGCGUCGAUGAGCCAUGAGCUUCGUUCUCCGCUGCACGGAAUUCUCGGUGCCGCUGAGUUCCUUGUUGAGACAACCAACAAUGCUUACGAAGCUGGUCUCGUCAACUCGGUCAUCACUUGUGGAAAGACUCUUCUCGACACGCUGAACCACGUACUAGAUCACAGUAAGAUCAAUAUGCUGGGGAACUUGCCCAAGACAGGUGGUCGAAACAGCGUUGCAGACCCGCACUCCGAGAGCAUAGGUCACACCACCUCCGUGGACCUGGCUGCUCUUGUCGAAGACGUGGCCGACGCCGUGACUGCCGGGCACACUUUCAAGACUCUUUCCCACACCACAUUGACUACCUCAUCCGUUCCUCUCGAAUCGGGUCUGAGUGGCUCUUUCGGUUCGCCCACAUCACGACAGGAAGAGCAGAGCGCCAGGCCCCCCCUAGGAGUGGCAGUGCUACUUGACAUUGUUCCAAAGGACAGUUGGUCCGUUUCGGUACAGCAGGGGGCCAUUCAGCGUAUCAUCAUGAACCUCUUUGGCAAUGCUCUCAAGUAUACCAAAGCAGGAUUUGUGGCUCUUUCCUUGCGCACACUGGAAGCUGCAGAUGAGCGUAAUGUAUCCGUGCUGAUUCGUGUAGUGGACUCGGGAAAUGGUAUCAGCAAGGCGUUUCAGCAAGAUAGGCUUUUCAUUCCCUUCCAGCAGGAGGAUUCGUUUCAACCCGGCACUGGACUAGGCUUGAGCAUAGUCAAGAAGAUUGUAGACUCUCUUCAUGGCUCGAUCGAGGUCAAGUCUAGCCCAGGGAGUGGCACCGAAGUCGAUGUCUAUCUGACGUUACCGUGUCAUGACAGCCCGCGACCACCUCUCGAAAUGAGUGCCCUGGACAAGCCAUCUGACAUGCACAAAUACCCGCUCGCAAUGGCAGCAAAACUCAGCGGUAAGAGGCUUGUUCUCCUCGACCCAUUUGACCCAAGUAAGACGAGAACACCAGUGCACCAAGCUGCCCGCUUCCAGGAAACAAUACGGACAACAUGCGAGACCUGGUUUGGAAUGCAGGUUAGCCGAUCGGCCAAGCGUGAAGACGACGAAGACGUAGACUUGUACUUCUACGGCGAGCCACCGGCCAUCGAGAUGCUGCGCCAUCACAAGAGGAUAGGCUCGCAGCGAUCGGUCCCGGUGGUCCUCGCUUGCCAGAACGACCACGAUGCCGUCGCAGUCCUUCGCAAUCAGCAGAAGUUUCUGAGAGAGCUCGGUCAGAUCGUUCAGGUCAUCCAGCAGCCUUGUGGUCCACGGAAGCUGGCGAAAACUUUCAUGUACUGUUUCGACAGUGCAGAAGAAUUAAACAGCAAACAGCGUAUAUCCCUCACGGAACCGCCCACCGAAGCUGCUCAAGCCGAUCAUGAGAAAUCGCUUGCUCACCGGCCCACUCCAGCAUCGCGUCUUAGCCCCCGAGCUACUGGUCAAGAACUUCGCAAGAGCGUAAGUGCGGCUCUGGCGCCACCCACGCCCCUUGCAUUAGAUCCCGAAUCUCCAUUUCUGGAAACAUCAGGCGACACCUCUUUAAAUCUACUUGCCUCGAAAGAGACGACUCGACAAUGCGAUACGGAUGAUGUUCCCGGUGUGCCAUCGUCAUCCGCUGCGAGCGAGAAAUCAUCCACUGCGGCCGAGAAACCGAAGGGGCGACUCAACGUCCUUCUCGUCGACGACAACAAAAUCAAUCGUCAACUCCUCGUAAUGUUCAUGAAGAAAUACGGCUUCACAUACCAAGAAGCUGAGAACGGAAAGGAAGCUGUUGAUCUCUUCACGGCUUCCAAUACAUCCUCCUCUACUACCACUACGGGUACAUCUACAACGACAGCGACAUCUCCAGCGUUUGAUUACAUUUUAAUGGAUAUUUCCAUGCCGGUCAUGGACGGAUUUGAGGCUACUCGGAGGAUUCGAGCCCUGGAACAGCAGUCCGGGUUGAUGAAGAAGACUAAAGUUUUCGCUCUAACGGGUUUGGCGAGUGAGAAGGCUAGGGAGGAGGCAGAGACGGCUGGGGUUGAUUUGUUCUUGCCGAAGCCCGUGAAAUUUGCAGAUUUGAGGGGCUUGUUGGGGUGA